CGUAGGACACUUCAUGGAAAAUAUGGGCUUUGACCUGGGAGAAGCAGAGUACCUGGACCUGCUCAGCAACCUGCCCACUGAUGAUGAGGGGAAUAUUGAAGUGAAUGUGCUAAUGGAUGAAGGAAGUGUUUUUACAGGUGAGAAGGCCGAUACUAGUAACUUGGAAACUUUACUGGAAAAUAUGGGGAUAACACUCACAGAAGAUGAAAGUCUGGAACUACGGCACAAGCUUCCGGUCGAUGCCAAAGGAAGGGUUUAUAUGAACAGACUGAUGAAAGGGUUACAGUCUCUCAAAGGGGUGAAGGUAUCCCCAAAUAAGGUAGACACUUUCCUGAAAAACAUGGGAAUUGAUCUCAAGAAGAAAGAAAUCCAGGAACUAAAGGACCUCCUACCAACUGAUGGUAAUGGGAAGAUUGAUGUAAAUGUGUUGAUGGGUGAAGUUAAAAAAAUUACAGGAGAGAAGAUUCCUACUGAGGACCUGAAAAACGUUCUGAAAAACAUGGGAAUAGAGAUCACAAAUAAGGAACACAAAAAGCUUCUGAAAACCCUGCCAGUUUCUGCUGAUAAAAAAGUGUUUGAGAAAGAUUUACUGGAGGGUGUGAAGUCCUUCAAAGGAGGAAGAGUUAACGUCAGUGACAUUAAAAAUGUUCUGAAAAAUACUGGGUUCAGACUUGAAGAAAAUGAAAUCCAUGACCUGCAGACCCACCUACCAGUUAUUGAAGAUGAAAAGGUUGGCUUGGAUGUGUUGAUGGAAGCAGCCAGUGCUUUUACAGGAGAAAAGGCGGAAGCCAGUGACUUAAAAAAUGUACUGGGCGAGAUGGGAAUUGAGAUCACUGAAGAAGAGGAGUUGAUGCUGUCAAAAACUCUUCCAGUCUCCGAAGAUGGAAAGGUGUACAAGAAAAGAUUACUGAAUAGUGUGAAACCUCUCAAAGGAAAAAAAGUCAGUAUAGGUAACCUAGACCCCCUUAUAAAGAGCAUGGAAAUUCAGCUUGAGAAAGAGGAGCACCAGGACUUACUGAAACACCUGCCGACUGAGAAGAAUAAAAUGGCCGAUUUGAAUAUGGUGAUGGGUUACGCAAAAGCUUUUACAGGAGAGAAGGUUAAUGUUGACCAUCUGAAUGAUGUGCUGAGGAAAAUCGGACUAGUACUCACUGAUGAGGAGAGUGGGAAGCUGCUGGAAACUCUGCCUGUUCAUGCUGAUGGAAAGGUAUAUAAGAAGAGAUUGCUAAAAGGUGUGAAAGUGCUUGAGGGACCAAGGGUCAAACUCAAAAAAGUGAAAUCCCUUGUGGAAAACAUAGGAACUAGACUCAAUGAUGAGGAACUUGAGGAACUAAUGACCAAAGUGUCAAUUGAUGAUGAUAGAACAGUUGGCCUGAACGAUUUGAUGAAUGCUGUCAGUUGCAUAAAGAGAGAGGACUUAGAUACCUUUCCAGCAAGUGAGGGGAUCGAGCUCACAGAAGACAAUAUGAAGGAGCUGAGGCCUCAUUUGACAGUUAAAGACAGAGUUAUUGGCCCCAUGGCAGUUUCUGAUAUUAAGCCAAAAACUAGGCUGAAUCCUCUAACAAAGGUACCCAGCUCCCAUGGCAAGAGGGAUAAACAUUUACCAGGAUGUCUCCCGUGCCAAUUACAGCACAAAGAAAGGAAGCUGACUGCUGCACAAAUACAAGCCUUCCAAGAUGCCUACAACUUCUUUAACAAGGAUAAAACUGGCUGUAUUGAUUUACAUGGAAUGAUGUGCACAAUAGCCAAGCUGGGAAUGAAUCUACCCAAGCAUGAGGUCUAUAAUGAAUUAAGAUGUGCUGAUAUUGAUCAGGAUGGGAAGGUGAAUUUCUCAGACUUUGUAAAUGUGCUAACAGAUAAGAGCUGCUUUCUUAAAGCUGUGGCUCCAGAAAAGGAGAAAUGCUUAGAUUUAGCUGGCAACCCAGGGAUCCUGUUAUUUGAAAUCCUAUCAAAGCUUGUAGAGACUUCAGCCUUACCCAGUAAGGCUAUAAUGGAAAUAGUAAGCUAUUUCCGAAGAAAAUUCCAGGAAGCGACAUCAGGAAUGUUAUGGAAUCCCUGCACUACAGGUUAUGGAAAAAGGAGAUUUAAGCGAGACAUACGCACACCUCCCAGCUCAAGCACAGCUGCCUUUGCUAAUGCUACCCGCAUUGCAAUAAUGAGAGAAAAGGAUUUAUUUAAAUUUCUUGAAGAGCUCAAAAGGUGCAAUCCUCCUUCAGAUAGCCCAUAUUCAAAAAUACCCAUCUUUCCGUUGUUUCCUAACAUGGAUGGGGUGGUGAUGGGAAAGCCAUUCAAAGACAUACAGAAAUUAGAAAUGCUAAGGAGAAAGGAGCCUCUGAACUUCUUUGAGAACUAUUUUUUCCACAAAAGAGACUGGAAAGCACAGGCAGCAAAUAUAAAGCCUAUUGACCCUGUCUCGGGCUGUCCUACUGACGUCCUGGCCAUUGACCAAAUACUCAAAAAGAAGCAGAACUGGACAGUGGCUGAGGCAGCAGCCAUUAAACAGCCCGUGAAGAAAUCUGUAGAUACCUACAACUUGGGGACUGCCCUUGAGCACCAGAAAGACAUGCUAAAUCUCUGGCGGAAGAUCCGAGGGGAUUUGAUUGGAAUAGACACUAAGAACGAGUCCUUUUAUGACACCUUUUCUACUUACACAUGGUCCUGGAAUGUUUGCCAAGAAUUGCUUUCACCAAAUGACUUAAGGUUACACGAUGCCUACAAGAAUAGGAACACCUCCCACAACUCUGUAUGCUCUUCUUCCUCGGCUAGCAGUGAACGUGACAUAGACACAGGAAGAAAAAGAAAACGGAAGGGUUUCAAAGGGUUUCGACCAUGAGAUUUCUACAUUUUCUAAACAGCUCGUUGCAAACUACUUUUUCGUAGAUAUCAAAAUUAUGGUUUCUUGCUUUUGUCUAGUACAUUCAUAGAAGCUGGAAAGGUUUGACAUCUUUUGAAUUCUGACCAUUAAAAAAGUUUAAGUAGUAA